AUGUUCCAUUACCGCUACACCAUUACCGGGCCGCUCUUACCGGGCUGUUACAGUGAGCCCGUCCUCCCUCCACCAGUCUCCACUUCUUCUGUGUGCAGUAGGGUAAAACAGCCUGUACCAUAUACAGUAUGCCCACAUACACCCAGCCUGACUGUUUGCUUGUCUUGGCAGGCCGAGUCGCCCCACACACAAAGAAGCCCAUUGAACUGCCCUACAGUGUGGGACUGGUCGGUGCAGUUUGACUGCAAGGCACAGGAUCUCUUCACUAACCCUUUAUAUACCGAGAAGCCCAAGCAGGAGACGUCUGUGAGGAAAUCAUACAGGCCCAGGCACCUGCGUCAGCUGUCCCUGCCAAGCUCAGCCUUCAAGACCCCCCCUAAGAAGGGCUUCUUUAAAGACGAGGCGGACAACCUGAAGAAAAUCCUCGGUGUAAAGAGGCUCAGUCGCUGGAUGCUGUCUCCUUCCUCAGAUUCCCCUCAGACCUCGUCUUCAGUCAGGGAGUUCUACGAGGCGUGGCAGACUAAACCAUUGGACUACCAUGGUCUGCUGCUGCCCUGCCUGGACGGUCCCUCCAUACGCGUCUGGAUGCAGAGGUACCUGCCCGUAGAGAUGGACUUCCCCCCCUAAAAAAUAUAUAUUUUUCCUUUUUGAAAACGGUAUUUUGCAUUGAUAAGAGUCAGAAACAUUUGUUAUUUUAGUGUCAAAAAAUUGACCCACAACGUGUAAAUAGGAUAAUUUUGGUCAUAAAGUCCAAAAACGGAGAUUUGUGAGAUAACAUUGUAUGUUGGAAUGAAGCGUACGGUAAAAGUUUUUGUUUGGUUAGUUUCAAUCCACAGCUGAUUGUACCCAAGUUAUCAUCAAUCCACAGCUGACAGUACCCAAGUUAUCAUCAAUCCACAGCUGAUUGUACCCAAGUUAUCAUCAAUCCACAGCUGAUUGUACCCAAGUUAUCAUCAAUCCACAGCUGACUGUACCCAAGUUAUCAUCAAUCCACAGCUGAUUGUACCCAAGUCAUCAUCAAUCCACAGCUGACUGUAUCCAAGUCAUCAAUCCACAGCUGACUGUAUCCAAGUUAUCAUCAAUCCACAGCUGACUGUAUCCAAGUCAUCAAUCCACAGCUGAUUGUAUUACCCUGUUCAAUUGGCUUUGACAUUCAAUAUCCCUAUCGGGUUUUAGACCAUCAAUUAAUUACACUAUGUACAUGGGACAAUAUUUGACAAGGUCAAUAGAAAAAAUAAAGAAAUAUAUAUUAAUGACUGGUUCGAUGACUGGAGUGCUAGGCUGGUUCGAUGACUG